AUGAAGAAGACCUACUGCGGGUACUGGCUGGAGAACCAACAUUCACACAACGGGGUUCCUUACGAGGCUCGGUUGGGCUCUUGGAGACCGGACUUUCUGGUCGGGAACUACAGCGACGGACAUUCAACGGAAACCUACAGUCUCUCAGAAAUUAAUGCACGUUUUUGUUUCAACAGUAUUAUGCACCAAGCAUACGGACAAGAAGGCCUGAGCGAUCUCGGUGCAGGAAGAAAUGGUCUCAUCCAUGCUACCGAUUCUUCAAAGAUCCUGAACGGCUUGCUCAGCCUUUUCAAUCCAAGCCGUCCAUUGCACCUGCUCAAGGGCGAAGAGCCGGGAAUUGAUAUCCACAUGUUUAUCGACUUCGUGUACCGUCACAUUGGAAUCAGGCCACGGCUGAUCGCGCCUGCAGAUCUUAGGUUAAUUCCAGAUCCCCAAAGUACAAAUGGGGUUAAGCUGUGUUGUUUGGUGAAAGACCAAGGUGAUGCUUUGCUUGUUAAUGAUUCUCUCCUUCUCACCAGUGACGGUGAGGUUGUGGAAGAGGUACACCAGGUUGGCCUAGAACUUCAUCAGCACGAAUUAUUCGGGCUCUCACCUGAGAUACUGCGUCAAGUUAGCUUACGCUGCUUUAACGACAUGCGUACUAUUUUUCUUGUUCACGAUAAACGAAUGCUUGGUAUUAUCAAGCAGGAGAUCCCGACCCUGGUAGCACGGCAGGUACUAACCGCGGUUCAGGGAGAAGCCCUUGAUGCAGGCAUCGCAGAUUCUAUUAUCCCUGGAACCCCAGAAUUGAAUGAACUGAUUCAGGCUUCGGCUACUUCCCCGGAGCUAAGAAAGGAAUACUUGCUCAAGCCGAUUCGCGGAGGCAAGGGAGCGGGGAUUAUAUUUGGAGAUGAAGUCAGACCCGACGAGUGGCUAUCGACUCUUGAGUGUCUCCGCAAGCCUCACUUUGUUUCGGGAAACACCAUGUAUGUCGUGCAGCGUCGCAUCUGGCCACGUCUGUAUGAAGUCAUCCUCAAGUCAUCUGGUGACAGAGGUUAUUAUCCACUUAUUGGAACCUAUCACGCAACCAAUGGCCAGCUGCUAGGGCUAGGAACAUGGCGAAGUAGUCCGGACAGAAUCUGUGCUGUUAGUCAUGGAGGCGCGUGGAUUUGCUCAGUCUUGGAUGAGUACUCGCAGAGCUGA